UAUGGGCCGUCACUCUUAGAAGUCUUGCUAUGUGUGUUGACAUGAUGGGUUAGCUGGUUUUUCAUGGAGUAUUCUGUUGCUGCAGUGAUGAUCGUUGAUAGUAUCUUGUGCAUUUAAACUCAAACAAGAUGUUCAAAUCAUUUCUUGUGCUUUUUUUUUUUGCUUUGUGUUCCAUUUCAUCUGGGUGUCUGUUGAUGCCAUUAUUUGUACCUGCCUUGAAAUGUGGUCAUCCAGUGAGUAGUGUUGUAUUCAGUACAUCUCUCGUUCUUUGAAAUUGAUCGAUCUUGUUGACUGAUGAAAAAGAAAAUUGAACUUGGAUCGGGUUGGCAUGUAUUCAACUUCAUCGCAUCUACGAAAUCCAACAAUGACAUGUGCUGCAGCUUAUGGGAGUGGAGGCCUUCUUGGCCCACCACCACGCCGGUGACGUCGGUCCUCCUCCUGCCUGGGGUGGCAUCGCUGAUGAUGGUCCUGAUGCCCCCUGCGCUGUUGCUGGCAUGUUCGGCUGCGCCCCGAUGAACUCCACCUACGACUACUGGAAGAACGGCGUUCCUUGGGAGGGUCCCCCAGUUGUGUUCCACUAGAUGGUGAAGAUUAUUAUUGCGAAGACUCGGCUCUAGGAUUAAAUUCAUUCACUGAA